AAGUCUUUGUUGAAGGAUUUGAGCAUUAGCAGAAGCAAUUGCCCAACUGGUGCUCGGAUAUCAGUGCUUUCAUACAAUACCAAUAUAAAGUACCUUAUCCGGUUCUCCGACUUUCAGAGAAAAGAUCUCCUUAUGGAGGCAGUACAGGGAAUUCCUUUGGAGAGAUCUUCAGGCCAGCGGAAUAUUGGAAGGGCCAUGCGCUUUGUUGCCAGGAAUGCUUUUAAACAUCAUCGCCAAGGGGCUCUUAUCAGAAAAGUUGCUGUUUUCCUUACUGCUGGCCUAUCACAAGAUGCUGCUUCUAUCAAUACAGCUGUGCUAGAAUUCAGUGCUUUAGAUAUCAUCCCAACAGUCAUUGCUUUGAGAGAAGCAUCAAAUGUCAGAGAAGCAUUUUUGACAGAUGAUACUGGUCGAUUUAAGUUGUUUGUUUGGGAAUCCAAGGAGGAAGAGAGAUUGAAUGAUGUUUCACUUUGUUCUCUCUGCUAUGAUAUAUGUAAUCCUGUUUCACAAUGUGAAAUAGUGGAUCCCCCUCCAAUUAAUAUAAAUAUGGAUAUAGCUUACAUCAUGGAUGGAUCUCGGGAUGUCAGCAGUGAGGAGUUUGAAACAAUGAAGGAGUUUGUGAGCAAAAUGUUGGAUUAUUUUGCUAUUGCUUCCCUGCCUGUUGAGUCAGAUAAAGGAGCAAGAGUGGCUCUGGUACAACACACUUCACCAAAUUUCUCAGGGACUAAAUUAUCAAGCUCAGUAUCUUUGGAGUUUGACUUGACUACAUACAGCACUAAGGAUCUGAUGAAAAUACAUAUUCAGGAAUCACUUCACCAGCUGAAAGGUUCAUCAGCUGUGGGUCAUGCUCUAGAAUGGACCAUUAAUAAUCUGUUUUUGGAAGCUGAUAGGCCAAGAAAGCACAAGAUCAUUUUUACAAUACUGGGAAGUAAGACAAGCACCUGGGAUACAGAAAAACUUCUAAAAAUGUCAUUGGAAGCCAAAUGCCAAGGAUUCACCAUGUUCACCUUGGCCCUUGGCAGUGAAACUGAUGAUUCAGAAAUGACAGAACUCUCCAGUGUUCCAGUGGAGCAGCAUCUAUUACACAUGGGCAAAGUUCAUAAACUUGAAUUGCCAUAUGCUCUGAGAUUUAGCCGGGCCUUCUUAAACCUUUUGAAAAGGGAAUUGAAUCUUUAUCCUCCUAAAAACCUGCAAGAAAAAUGUGCAAGAAAAAUCCUGGAUCGAGGAGACACCUAUCAACAAGCUGUAGGGAUAACUGACAGGAUUCUGUUUCCUGGAUUGAAACAUAAUGAUUUAUUGCAAUCUUCAGAAUUAUCCAGGAAAAAUGUGCAAAACAAAAUUUUAAAAACCACCCAAGGACCAAAAGAAGAACAGUAUGGUCAAAUAGAAAAUAAAUACUUCACCACCAUCAGUAUUCAAAAUGGGAAUGGGACAGAGACUGAAGAACAUUUUAAGAAAGCACAAAGAGCGAAGGAUGCUUGUUCAAAAGACAUGGACAGUGGCGAGUGUGAAAAUUAUACUCUGAAAUGGUACUUCCAUAAACAGCAAAACAUGUGCUUCCAGUUCUGGUAUGGUGGCUGUGGUGGAAAUAAAAAUAGAUUUGAAACUCAAGAAGAAUGUGACGCUUUAUGUGUGAUAUCCUUGUAGUAUUAAAAUGUAUAAACUGUAUGCCUAGCUACAUGCUAAAUAAGAAAGAAAUAGAAUGAACUAAAUUCCCAGUUUCAGUUAAAACAGGUUUUUAAAUUCUUUGUUGCAGAGAUGAAAUCUGCACAACUCAUAUUUGCUCGAAUGCAAAUUUUAAACAACAAGUACUCUUGUGGCAUUUUAAAGCUCAAUAUAUUUGGCAUUUUGAAGAUCAACCUGUGUAUUGUCAACUUCUUAGUCCAUAAGAAUUUGUUUUCUGAUGACUUUUGUUUUUUGCUAGACUAAAGUUACAAGCCUGUUCACAAUUACCUUAAUAAUUCCUGUUGUGCUUAAUGUAUUAAUGCAUUAAUGUGAAUAUAGUGAUGUACUCAGAAUUGUACUGUAAUACAAUAAGAUUUUUGUUUUAUAUUUAAUGCCAUUGUAUUUCUAUGCUU